GAGGCAUGGGAAGGGCACAGUGCAAGACAGGGCUGGGUAUCGGUCAGUGUGGGCAACUCCAGUGACCUCCCUGAGAAUAUUCUGGAAUGUCAUUUAAUUCUGCAUUGUCAUUAUUCAUACAUUAGAGCAGUGAUUCUUAAACUGUGGUACUCGGAGCACCCCCAGGUGGUAGGCGAGAAAAUAUGUUAUGUGCACUGUUAAAAACAGGAAUUGAACAUUUGAAAUCAAUGUAACAUUAGGUGAUAUAAAAACAAAAUUUUCUAGGCAUUUUUAGGUUGAUUAAGAUGUUUUGCAUAUUCUCUCUUUGGUUACUUUGUGGAACCAAAAAGUUUGACAGCCACUGCAUUAGACAAUAUUGCACAUGAGCAGUGCAUGUAAGCUGGAUUUGCUGUUGGCACUAGUGAUAGAUUCCAAAUCUUGGAUUUAAAAGCAUUUAAGUCAAUAUGGCUUUUGGGACUUGACUGAGACAGUGGAGAGUCUGCUGCCUCGUAAGUAACUCUGGCUGAGGUGCAGCUAAUCUGCGGAUUGCGCCACUAAACAUGUACUUCGCGGAAGCAGGAUAUGUCAGGGAGCGUGGCCAAAUAUCCCCAGAUAAUACCUGGACGUAGAAGGCCACGUCAUCAUUUCCUCCUGCUUAAAUAGUUCUGCUGGGGGGGGGGCUGGAAAUCCGCUGUUUCCUGCCGUUUGGGCAUGGAGGGCAGGUUUUGGGCAGGUGGGCUGGAUUGGCGGUGCCAGUGGGGUUGAACGGCCUUCUCUGCCCUGGGUCAGGGGCUUGCCCAGUCAGCCAUGCCAAGCUGCCCUCGGCCUGGCAGGCCUGCUUGGUCCCCUGCAUCCCCACGGUCAGCAGGCCUGCUUGGUCCCCUGCAUCCCCACAGUCAGCAGGCCUGCUUGGUCCCCUGCAUCCCCACGGUCAGCAGGCCUGCUUGGUCCCCUGCAUCCCCACGGUCAGCAGGCCUGCUUGGUCCCCUGCAUCCCCACGGUCAGCAGGCCUGCUUGGUCCCCUGCAUCCCCACAAUCAGCAGGCCUGCUGGGAGUUUCUGUGUCUGUGUGUUUUCCUCCAGUUAUCUAUGAUCCCUCGGAAAGGGGGCUGCUCUCUUUUUUUUUUUUCCUCCAGUGCAUCUGCUUCUGCUGUCUGUUUCUGGAAGGGUUCGUGCCAAAGUUAGCAAAUGUAAAACAAAUGUGGGUCAGGAAUACAGCAGCACUGCGUACAGGCUGCCGCACUCAUCCUCGUCUGUCUCACUCCUCUGGCCUCUCGCACAUCCUCCACCAAAGCACACAUACAGGAAGUCACAGUACCUCCUUUUGCUGUAUUUACCCCUCCCACACAGGCACUGGUGCCCUACAGCUGCCCCCCCACACACACACAGCCUGUUCGUUUUCUGCUCUCUCUCUCUCUCUCGCUUUGUCUCUCUCUCUCUCUCUCUCUUUUGCUCUUUCACUCACUAGCUGUUGGUCUCCUGUUUCAGUCUCUGCUUGUCUGUUCUCUUGCUUUCUCUCCCCCCCGCCAAGCGAGGUGAAAAGGGACAGCCUGCUGCAAAGAUCGCCCCUCAAAUCACCCAGCUGCAACCCAGGGAGCAGACCCCCAUUGAAGUGGAAGGAGCCCCUACAGGAGAGACCCACCCUGAACGCAAGCUCGCAGACCGCGACGAAUGCCCCAGAACCUGCCCCCGAUGACAGCAAGAUGGAGCCUCAGGUGGCCAAUGUGGUCCUGGUCAACGGGGAUGGAGAGGACAAGCACCCGGAGCCCUCAGCAGAGAUCAAAGGCACAUGUACAGAGCCGAGUAUAGCGACUGACCAGCAGGAGACAGAGGAGGACAGCCAGCAUGAGGACGAGCGUCCGCUGGAGCCGAGCAAAGACAAGGAGAAAGAAGAGGCAAAGGAAAGCAAUGAGGAGAAGCUGUACAAGAUAGCCAAUGAGCUGCUGAUGACAGAGAGAGCCUACGUGGUCCGGCUUAACCUGCUGGAUAAGGUGUUCUGUGCUAAAUUGAACGACGAGGGUCAGAAGGGCACAUACCCAGUAGAUGUGGUGAAAAAUAUCUUCUCCAACAUCUCGUCCAUCAACGCCUUCCACAGCCAGUUCCUGUUGCCAGACCUGGAGAAGCGCAUGAGCGAGUGGGCAUCGCAGCCCCGAAUCGGAGAUGUUCUGCUGAAGCACACACCAUUUUUGAAGAUGUACGCUGAGUACGUGAAGAACUUUGACAAGGCCAUGGAGCUGCUGAAGAUCUGGACAGACAAGUCCCCUCAGUUUAAGGCCAUCAUUCUUGACAUUCAGAGCCAGGAGGAGUGUGCCAACCUCACCCUGCAGCACCACAUGCUGGAGCCCGUGCAGAGGGUCCCACGCUAUGAGAUGCUCCUCAAGGACUACCUGAAGAAGCUUCCCCAGGAAGCUAUAGACCGGCCGGAUGCAGAGAAAUCUUUGGAGAUCAUCGCCAUGGCGGCAACUCAUUCCAAUAGCGCCAUUCAGAUGACGGAGAACCUCAAGAAGCUGUUGGAGAUCUAUGAGAUGCUGGGAGGCGAGGAGGACAUUGUGAAUGCUUCAAAUGAGUUCAUCAAGGAGGGUAGUAUCCUCAAGCUUGCGGCAAGGAACACCUCUGCCAUGGAGAGAUACCUCUUCCUGUUCAACAACAUGCUGUUCUACUGCGUACCCAAGUUCAGCCUAGUUGGACAGAAGUAUACAGUCCGCACACGCAUUGGCAUUGAAGGUAUGGAGGUGCGAGCCACCACCAAUGAGGACUACCCCCACACAUUCCAGGUGUCUGGAAAGGAGAGGACACUCGAGCUACAGGCCAAUUCUGCAGAAGACAAAGAGGACUGGAUAAAGGCAUUCGAAAAGACAAUUGCUGUGUUCUACCAGAAGAACGAGACCUUCAAGACUGCAUCAAAGGAGGAUGAUAUGGCAACUGCUGAGUUGGGCAAGCGUGCCCCCCGCUGGAUCCGGGACAAUGAGGUGACCAUGUGCAUGAAGUGUAAAGAACCCUUCAACGCCCUGACGCGCCGUAGACAUCACUGCCGGGCCUGUGGUUACGUGGUGUGCUGGAAGUGUUCGGACUACAAGGCAGCACUGCAGUACGACGCCAACAAGAUGUGCAAAGUGUGCAAGGAUUGCUUCUCCAUUUUGUCAGGCCAGACAGAGUGCGAAGAGAGAGCCAAGAAGAAGGGCAUCUUGGAGAUUGAGGCAGCCCAGUUCUCGGGGAACAGCAUUAUGUAUGGCUUCCUACAGUACAGUGAGAAGACCAAGCCCUUGCAGAAGAUGUGGUGUGUCAUCCCUCAGACGGAGGCCCUGGUGCUCUACUUAUAUGGGGCACCUCAGGAUGUGAAGGCUCAGUCCACCAUCCCUCUGUUGGGCUAUACUGUGGAGGAGGACUCCCCCCGACACACGGACUUACCCGCCAGCUUCCGCCUCUCCCAGUCCAAGUCGGUCCACAGCUUCACAGCAGAGACUGAAGAGCUGAAGCAGCGCUGGUUGCAGGUGAUCCGCAUGGCAGUCAAAGGGGAGGUGCUUCAGCCGUCGUCUAGCAACGGUGGUACUUCGGAAGGUGCAGAGGAACCCAACCCUCAAUAGCAUUUGAGAGAGACGUUACGGUUGCCUUGAUGACCACAAUGGGUGUAUUUGGGCCCAACUGGAACUUUUCACACUCCUUCAAAUAUGCUCUGAAGGACAUUUUCUAACUUGAAGAAAGUCUGAACACCGGACUCCUUCAAUCUUCCAAAUAGCGCCAAUUGGCCUCUUCAAGGGCUACUCAUCCUGGCUGGAUGGUGCUGGAAAUGGGUGCAGAACAAUCAAAUCAACACUAGAAUCUGUGGUCUUCUAUCACCUCCUACAUGACCCUAUUGAGAGUCACAUCUUUUCCCUAAAGGCAGAAGAUUAUCGGACAUUGCUGGUACGGAGAACAGACUCUGUAUCAGAGUCUCAACAGGAUAAAGGAGGUCACAGCCACCAACCGUGGUCAGUUCAGUGGUGCCUGGUGACCUAUCUGGUAUUACCUGUAAUCAGUUGUACUGCCUGGCCACAAAAAUCAGGAAGAGGGAACUAAGACGCUCAGGACAGAGAGCCUGGGCAUCUAUCAUGGAUGUCUCCAAACACUGCAACUCAAAGCCGGUCAGAAGUGUGUUACUGACUGGAAACUAUCCGCGAAAUUCAGUUUGUGCUGCAAAUAAGCGAACCCCGGGGGGAAAUCAGUGCAGCUGCUAGGGACUUCCUACGCUACAGCUGCCUCUCGUCCUUGGUACUCUGAAGGCAACUACAUCUAAUCGCUCAGGUCUGUCUCUGGGAGUGCAAGGCACCAUGGGUAAUUUUUAUUUUUUUUGCACAGUUCUGUCAAACAGCUGGUGGCGUCUGCCGUAACAUUUUUGCAUUUGAUGUGUACAGUAUUUCAGCCUGCUGGAUAGAGCAGUGGUCAGCCUUAUUCCAUCUUGUGUAAUUAAUGUAAAACUUGCUUUUGCUGUUAAGUUUAGGCGUGUAUAUUGACAGUUAUUAACAUGGGUGCAAAGUGUUUGUCUUGCCGAGUUGUAUGCACAGGCUAAAAACAAUCAAGGCCUGUGAAAUACAGGUAGCUGAAGGACACAUAAAAUGGUCUUUAUUUUAUUUUGCAGGUUAAAGUUUGCUCUCUCGCGUGUUCAUGUAAUUCCAACAGAGCUCUGCAAAGCUUUCGAACUGCAGAAUAAGUCACACGAUGCAUAUUACAUUUAACCAAAUGUGGUACAUGGAGUUUUCUUUAGCAGAGUAAAUAAAUAGCUUGGAUUCAC